GAGAAGCUGGCCCCGGGCUGGCCAUCCUCUGCUUCCCCACCAGGGGCGGGGGUGAAGUCUGCAAACCUAAUGAGGGGGAGAACCCAUGUAGCCCCUGCAUCUGCAGCCACCAGAGGCCCUGGGCUCAUUCCUGCCUGGACACACCAAGAGAAGACAGCUCCAGAGGAGCUCCGCUGGCCCUCUCCCCCCGCCAGUACCCCCAGCCCCUGGUCACAGCCAGCAGACCUGAUCGAGUGAGGAGUCCCAGCCUAGGCACACGGAGGCUGGUCCCUGACUCUCAAACUUAAGAACUCAAUCACUUGGAAACUCUACAACUUGGGAACUCUGGAACACAGGCUCACUAACAAGAGCCGAGCGGACCCAGAGUCAGGCAGGCAGGUCAUGGAGGGCUCAGGAGAGAGGCUGGUCCUCAAUGUGGGGGGCGUGCGCUAUGAGACAUACCACAGCACUCUGCGGGCCUUCCCUGGCACACGGCUCUACCAGCUGACGGAGCCCCCCAUGGGUGGCACCCUGGCCCGAGAGGUCUUCUUUGACCGCAGCCCCCACCUCUUUGGCUACAUACUGGGCUACUACCGAACACACCAGCUGCACUGCCCCCCAGACAUAUGCCGGGCAGUGCUAGAAGAAGAGCUGGCCUUCUGGGGGCUGGCGGAUGCCCCUUUGGCCCCCUGUUGUUGGCUGAAGCUCAGUGGUGGUGACGGAAGGGCUGAGGACUUCCACGCCUGGGAGGAGAGUGAGCUGGGUGAAGAACAAGGCCUGCUGGGACCCAUUGAGAGUCCCAACUCCACCAGGGCCCAGGGAACCUGGAAACCAUGGCUGUGGACUCUACUCAACCAGCCCUGCUCCUCCCUAGCAGGCAAGUGUGCUGCCCUCCUCUCCAUGCUUUUCCUCCUGGGUGUUCUGGUCAUCUUCUUCCAAGAAACCUCAGUGCAGCUGGACUACUUCACGUCCAACUUCCGGCCGCUGGAACCCUGGGAUGGUGAGAAGGAGGGUCUGCCCCCACCUCAGGCCCCAAGCCCAGGCCUAGUGUACCAGCGGGCCCCCCACCUUCUCUACUUGGAACUACUGUGUGUGCUGUGGUUCGGGGCCGAGCUGCUAGCUCGAAGCAUCUCUUGUCCCAACAAGGUCAAAUUCCUGCGCAGCCCCAUGACCCUGGUUGACCUGGCAUCCCUCUUCCCUGUGCUGGUGGAGCUGGCUGUGGGCCGGCGGGCUGAGCGCCACCCCCGCCUGUGCUUGGUGCUGGGGGCUCUGCGGGUACUCUAUGUGCUUAAGCUGGGCCGCCUCUUGGGGCUGGUGGAGAAGCCAUUGGCCCUGCGGGUGCUGGCUCACACACUGCGCUCCUCCUGGCGGGAGGCAGGCCUUCUGCUCCUACUCUGGGCUGGAGAGAUCUUGCUGUUCGGCUCCCUCUUCCUGUACGGGGAGCUUCUGGGCACCGGACAUGGCCAGGGCCAGAGUGAGGUGCACUUUGCUGACAUCCUCACCUGCUUCUGGUGGACGGUGAUCACCCUCACCACUGUGGGCUAUGGGGACAUCUACCCCAUGUCUGCCUUGGGUCAGGUCACAGCUGCCAUCACAGCCAUGGCAGGCAUGCUGACCAGUGUCCUUUUGGUGCCCAUCCUCCUGGUCCGCUUUCAGAGGUGCUAUGCUGUCGCUCUGGCCCGUCAGAAGCUGAGGCCCAGUGGGACCCUGUGAUGGGACAGGCCCCAGGCCCCUCGGGGAGGUGGGAUGGGACCCCAGGUGCCUGCCCUGACUAUCUCUGUACACCAGGGAAAGCCUAACAGGAAGGCCACCCGCCCUCCUGUCCCUGCCCACCCAACUCCAUGCCCAACAUCACCAGGUGAUCCCUUACCCUUCUCCUGCUUCAUAAAACAGUCUUACAGUUACAUCAUGGCCCAAGACAGUCAGGGUCAGGUUCAGGCCCACAGUGGCAUUGCUAGGGCUUUUUGGAGCGGUAGGUGGGUGUCAAUAGCUUGGAGUCACUUGCCCUCUGUCCCCACACCACCUCAUAGUCAUAGAUUGAGGGCAGGAAGAGAUCUUAGAGACCAUCGAGUCCACCCCCCUCAUUCUGCAGAUGAGAAAACUAAGACAGCCAGAGGUAAAGUGACUCACCCAGGGUCACCCAGCCCAUAUGUGCCAGAAGUAGAAUUCGAACCUGGGUCCUUCUGACUCCAAGUGCAUUACCCUAAGCUGCCUUCAUCUCCUGAAAAGGUAGGAAUGGAUAGUGGAUGGACCUUCAUGGCUCUAUGCCCCUUAGCCCCUUAUUCUCACCCCACCACCCAGGUCCUCAUCUAUAGAUGAGGAGAAGCUCAUCAACUACAUGGUCUUGGCGCUGGUGAUGGAAGAAUUGGAGAAGGUGCAAUUCCCCAACAUGGACACUAGGUGUCAGUGGUAACACUCUAAGGUGGUGGGGGGACUGGAGACAUUCACAGAGUAAGAUCAUAGGAUUUAGAGCUUGAAGGACCCUUAGAAAUGACCUAGUCUG